AUGAAGAACACAAACGAAGACUUCUUUGAAUUUUCCGAAAAGCUUACUGAUGAAAUUGCCAGUGAAACCAUAAAGCUGAGUUCAAUAGAACCUUUCUUCCCUCAAUACGGAGAAGAGUUAUGUCAAUUAAUCGAUUAUAAUACUUACAUUAAACCAUCGAAUAUCAAGAAGAUAGCACAAUUUAUUCUUAAAUUAAAGAAAUCCAAUGUUCAAAGUAUUCAAGAGCUUGUUCCCCGAAAAAUAAAUUCAGGUUUAUUACUUCGUGAGUUAUAUUUGCUAGGUGCUAUAUCCGAAAAAGAUAUAAGAGAUAAAUGCGAGAGCGAUGAUAGACUUUAUUUCUAUUUCUUACCAGAACUCGGUCUAUCGGAUGAUAUUUCUCCAAAAACUUCUUCAAAAUUCAAGAGUAUCAUAUCGAACCUUGAAUCAUACAAACAAGAUGAUUGGAAAUUAUACAAAGAGCUUCUCCAAAAUGGCUUUUCUACAGAUUCUGUCGGUUAUCUGAUCAAAAACGAUAAACUUCCUCAAUUACAGAGUAUGAUUGAAUCAGGAGCACUCCAAGCAAACGGCACAGUUGAUAUUUCUCCAUUUGAAAUCAACAAUUUACCAAAUAAAUACUCAUUAACCGACAAGAAGUCUUUAAUUGCUCUUGCAGCCAGAUGUGGCUCCACAAAAGUCUUCAAAUACUUGUCCACUAAGGUUCAAGUCAUUCCUAUUGAGUUACUUCCAGAAUCAGCUUUUUCAAAGAGCACAGACAUCAUUAACGAGCUCAUUGAUAUGAAAGAAGAUCUUUGGGAGGUAUAUCUUCAAUCUUCCAUCGAAUUCCACUAUUCCAUGAUGUAUCAAUUUUUUGAAAGAAUUACUGCAUAUCAUCCAACGAGCGAAUUCUGUUUAAACCACUUCAACUACUCUGUAUUCAGGAAAUACGUCAAAAGCGAGUUCGAUAAGUCAGAACUCCCACUUUUACACAUUGCUUGCAUGCUCGGCCAAUUAUCUAUCGUCCGCUAUUUGGUCGAAGUCAAACUCCAUAGUAUUACAGAGAAAGAACCAAAAGAAGACAAAACGCCACUUCAUUUCGCAUGCCAAUAUGGAUUUAUCCAAAUUGCAAGGUAUCUUGUUGAAAAAGGUGCUGACAAAAACGCGAAAUGUCGUGGAGGAUACACUCCUUUGCUUUUAGCUGUUUCUUUCAGACAUAUCAACAUCGCGCUCUAUCUAAUAAUGAUGGAAGCACCUGUUUCCGUCAAAACAAACGCUGGAAGAAAUGUUUAUCAUUGCAUGGCAAAAAGUGGAAGUACUGAAUUUUUGAAACAUCUUGAUGGCAUCAAUUAUUCGCCAAACGAAUGUGAUAACAAAGGAUUUACACCUUUGCACAUCGCUAUUUCUGAAAACAACUUCAAGUUCUGCCAGGUUUUCAUCAAUGAAUUGAAAGUUGAUGUCAAAUGCGUAACAAAACAAAACCAAAAUUGUUUACAUUUGGCGGUUAAAACAGGCAAUGCGAAUAUGAUCAAAUAUUUCAUGGCAUUCGAUUACGAUAUGAACAUGAAGGACAAAGAUGGUAAAACUGUUCUUCAUUAUGCAGUAAAAUUUGCAAAUAAUCCAGAAAUUGUUGAAUUACUUAUCAAAAAAGGUUGCAAUGUUAAUGAAACUGAUAAUGAUGGAAGAACAUGUGGAUAUGAUUGUUCAAAGUCAUCAGAAGAUGUCUUGAAAGUAUUGUUGGAUAACAAUCUAAAUAUCGAACUGAAACCUAAAGAUGGAAACUCUCUUUUGAGACAUUUCAUCGAUUUGAAAUCUCAUAAACAAGUGAGAUUAGUCAUGAUGAAGAAUCCUGAUUUGGAUAUAAAAGGAACUGAUGGAAUAAGUGAUUUAGAUAUGUUGAAGAAACAAUUUAAAGACAGAUUUGUUUCUGAAGCAUUAAAGAUAAGGGAUGAUAUGAUCUCUGAGAAACUUCUUAGCCAGAAAUCAAUGUCAGGACCAAUCGAUAUCAUUGAAAUGAAAUUACCUGAUUCAAGUUUCGCAACUCCAAAGAAACCGGAAAUGCAAAUUGUCAAAUCUGAAAAUUAUUCAAAUAUUUCGAUUACUGAUAUCGGUGUCAAAAGUAAAAGAACAAUUAUGAAGAAAAUACACACAAUGUCUCUGGCUGAUUAUGCUCCGGGAACUACUGUUAAUUACGUUGAAGAAAUCAAGAAAUUGGAAGUUGUAAAUAUUUCAAGAACUCCGGCAAAAAUUGUCAGAGGAAAUACUGAAAUUGAUGUUCAAGACGCUGAAGGAAAGACUUUACUCCAUAUUGCAGCAAGUCAAGGACAUUUGGUCGGCGUCAAUUACCUGAUUGGAAAGAAAUGUAAUGUUAGCGUUACCGAUAAUCAAGGAAAAACUGCUCUUCAUUAUGCAGCAAUGGGCGGAUACAACGAUAUCUGCAAAGCUUUGAUGGAUGCUGGAGCAGACAACAAAGUGCAAGACAAAAACGGUAAAACACCACUUGAUUACGCAAUGGAAAGAAUUAAUGUCGGUCUCGUCAAAUUGCUUAACAAUACAGCACCAUCUGCUGUUGAAACUUCUAAAUAA